ACAUCGAGUAGGACCAGCCUUUGUCCAAGAGGGGGCAGUUAUGUGACGUCAAGUAUGCCAACCACCACGAAACCUCAAAGUAGAAGAAGAAGAAGAAGAAGAAAAGUUUCGGGCAGAUCAGGAGGGAGGGGACGCCGUCGCGAAAGUGUAGUGAUUCGAUAGCGAGCAUGACCGACACCGAGGUGCAGAGCGCUUCUCCAUCGGCUCCUGAGGAAGACAAGCCGCAGCCAGAGAGGAAAGUCAUAGCCACAUUGGUCCAAGGCACAGUGAAGUGGUUCAAUGUGAGAAAUGGAUAUGGCUUCAUAAACCGAAAUGAUACCAAAGAAGAUGUGUUUGUUCAUCAGACUGCUAUAAAGAAGAACAAUCCUAGGAAGUUCCUCCGCAGUGUGGGGGAUGGGGAGGUCGUCGAGUUUGAUGUUAUUGAAGCAGCCAAGGGCUCUGAAGCCGCCAAUGUAACUGGUCCGGGAGGUGUUCCAGUCAAAGGCAGCCGCUAUGCUCCCAACAAACGCCGUUUCCGCCGUCGAUUCUUCCCACGCAGCCCUCCGCCCGAUGACCAGAGCAAACCGGCUGAUGGCCAAGCCCCCGAUGGCGAAGGUGAGGGAUCGGGGGAGAACGGGGUACCAAGACCUCAGCAGCGCCGGCGGAGGCCUCGCAGACCACGACCUGAAGAUGGUGAAGCUGAAGAGCAAAACGGAGAUGGGGAACAAACACAGCGACCGCAACAGCGUAGAUUCUGGCGACCAUACCGCAGGCCGUUCCGCCCCCGCCCACCUCCUGAUCAUGCUACAGACAGCCAGCAGGCUGCACCAGAAGAGAGCCAGGAUCAAGGCCAGGUGGAGCAAGGCCAGGUGAAGCAGACGGAGGUCUCUGAGGCCCCCCACACCAACGGAGAAACAGCAGAGGGCCAGAAACAACAACGCCGCCAGACUAGACGCCGCAGGCAAAGGAACUCGGAGUCCUCUACCUCCAAAGUCUUGGGGUUGGAGGACUGGACUAUUUCAGAACACAUGCACUGCUCUCCCCUCCCUGCACCCCCUCCCCAUCCUCCAACCCACUCUGUCUCGCUGUCGUCCCUCAUCCCCUCUCCCUCCCCUCUCAUUUUUGUUUUGUGUUGUCUGUCUAGACACUGACAUUUGGAGAGGGUUGAGGUUGGGAUGAAGGGGGGGGGGAUGCAUACAGGUGGGAGGUGGGUGCAUAUUUAGACAUUUGAAAGUACAUCUUUAAAAAAAGAAAAAUGGGAAAGAAAGGACAAUCUGCUUGGUAGCCCAGUUAUUCCAACCCCCCUUUAAAUCUAUUUUUUCUUUAGUUGCCUAAUUACGGGACACUUAAAGAAGUUUAAAGAGGAACCAGCCUUGUUUUUUAUUUAACUUGUUUUAAUUUGGUUGAAGAGGGGAAACCCAAGCAGGUGUGAAGUUGGUGGUGCAUUAUGGGAGUCAGUUUAGUUCCGUUACCACCUUAAGUCUUAAAUCUACUACUCCCUUCAUGUUCUCAGUUGAGGAUAGAUAAGAAGAAACGUUAUAUUUUUGUUGUACUUUUGUGUGUGUGCUUUUCUUUGGAGGGGAUUAUGUGCAAUGUCAGAACUUAAAUGCUAAAUAAUAAAUCAUGUGUGCAAACCUCA